CAGCAGGGGGCGACACAGCUGAGCGCUGACGUCAUUCACCCGCCGGAAAAGGGGAAAAAAAGACCGGAAGAGGACGAAAAGAGCGGCAGCAGUUUUUCGCGGUAAAAUGAAAUGGCGACCAAAGAUGACAGAAUGUUCUUCUGCUCCAGCGGCCUCUAGUUUAAUCCACUGAUAUUCUGUUGAAAUACGUCACUAUCCCAAGCGUUCUUGUACAAUUGGCUGUGUGAGUCCAGCUACUGUUAGCCUCGCCCGCAGCUGCACUUUGUCAACGUAAACAUGUCGCUGGUGACUGCAGAAGACCUCAAAACAGAACUUGAAAUGUUCUGCAUAACUUGUGAAGAUGACUCCAACUUGGACAAAAUGGUGGCGCAGUGUGUGUGCAACAGGAUGCCAGCAGACCAGUGGGUGUUGGAGUGGGUUGCCUACAGCACCACCAAGAAUGGACUGGUGCUCUCUGUGGACUCCCUGGAUCAAUUUGAACACGAUGUGUUGAACAAGAGGACUGCAUCCAAGCAGAGCUUCAAGAGGGAAGAGCGAAACAGACCCCGAGACAUCCACACAAUAAAUGACAUAAUAAAAGCAGAAGAAGAGGAGGAUGAUCUACUUGACUGCUACUCUACUCCUGCAAAGGGUUCCCAAAAACGUGCACUAACCACUCCAGAAAACCCUCACUCAAAGAGGACCUCAGCUUUGUUGGGCAGUCCAGGCGUCCUCUUGUCUCCUUCCUGCUUCUCUCCAAGCAGCACUCCCUCCCAGAAGUACAGCCAGCGUGGAGGCAAGGGAGAGGUGGUGGUGUCCUUUGGGGCGGUGCAGGGCACUCGCUGGGCGGGCAGGAAGUCUGCUGGUGCUAACAUUCAGGUGAAUGUGCUGGAAGGACCAGAAGACUCCCUGCACUGCAGCUACAAGUACAUGUUCCAGAGACUGCGUGAUGUACGCAACGUGUUGACGGAGAAGAUAGAGGACCUGGGAGAAGAACUGCGAUCUCACUUCAGCAUUGAAGAGUUCUCUCCUGUGUCACUGCCAGCACAGGACUCGGUGUGUGUUGUGGGCCAGGUGUGCUGUGACUGUAAUGGGAGACUGAAUGCUCAGUCGGUUGUGUUGGAAGCGGGACCAGAGCAAGGUGCUCAGCAAGUACGCCUGGACUUGUCAGAGCUCCAAGAGUACUCCCUGUUUCCUGGCCAAGUGGUGGCGAUGGAGGGAAUGAACACAACAGGAGAAAAACUGGUCGUUUCUAAAAUCUAUGAGGGAAUCCAACAUCCCUUCUUCACGUCAGACGUCAAAGAAGAGACGGACGAAGCAGAGGCGCUCAAUGUGCUGGUGGCCUGUGGACCUUACACCCCUUCUGACAGCCUGACCUUUGAACCUCUGCUGGAUCUCAUCCAUGUCAUUGCCAGGGAUCGUCCUGACGUCUGCAUCCUGCUGGGUCCUUUUGUUGACUCCAAACACCAGCAAGUUGAGAAAUCCCAGGUGACAGAGACCUUUGACGCCAUCUUCUCAAGAUGCAUUGAGAGCAUCGUGGAAGGCACAAAAGCGGUUGGCUGUGGCCUGGUAUUUGUUCCUUCCCAGAGAGACGUCCACCAUCACUACAUCUACCCACAACCUCCCUUCACCCACGCCAGCAUCAGCAAGAACCCACGCGUGACCCUGGUGCCAGACCCCUGCACCUUACUCAUUGACAAUGUGACCUUUGGCGUGACCUCCACUGACAUCCUGUUCCACAUGGGGUCUGAGGAGAUCAGCAGCGGCACUGGAUCGGACCGCUUCUCUCGCAUUGUGAAGCACAUGCUGACCCAGAGGAGUUACUACCCACUCCACCCACCUGCUGAGGAGCUGAACAUGAACUAUGAGAAGUUCCAGAGCUUCGGUCUAAUGACGCUCACACCGGACGUCCUCGUUAUUCCCUCUGAGAUGCGCUACUUUGUUAAGGACGUGAUUGGCUGCGUGUGCAUCAAUCCUGGACGCCUGACCAAAGGUCAAGUGGGCGGGACUUAUGGCAGGCUGAUGGUCAAACGCACCUCAGCCUCGGCCGACAAGAAGAGAGUCAGUCCGUGUUUGGCAGCUCAGGUGGUGAAGGUUUGAACAGACAAAGGACACUUUGCAGCAUACUUCAUAUCAGUUUGCAAUAACGUUGUUGAUUUGAGCUGGUGUGAUUGUAGAAUGUUCUUACACAGCAGCAAUAAAUCUACAAUCUUGUGUUUGAUGUACUCUUUAGCUGCAACAUAAUAAUCAACACAUGUUCUUAGACAUAUUGUUUAAAGCAGGUGUAGAUGUAAUAAUAAUAAUAAUAACACAUGUUCAUAGACAUAUUGCUUAAAGCAGGUGUAGAUGUACAGUAAGUGUGUGUGCAUAGUAGAAGACCACAAUGUAGCCAACUGGACAUCUUAAGUAUUUUGACACCAACACAAUUUAAAGGAGGACCAUAUAGACUUUAAUCCAGUGAGUAAGUACGUUUCUUUACUUUCUUUCUUUUAAUUAAUGGAUGAGGGUGUUUGUUUGUUUAAGUGUGUAUCUUUCCAGGUACAAAUUGUGUAAAAGCCUCAAGGUUCGAAUAAAAGAGGUUCAGAUAAAAACAAGUGAAAUAUAAAAUAUUGGACACUGGCAGGUGAAAGAUUCCAAAAAGACGAUAGAGUGGAGGAGUGAGAGAAAAGUAAAACUAGAUGAAGAAAUGGGAAGAAAUCAAUAAGAAUAAUGAAAUGCAAAAUGGAAUAAACUAAUGCGUACGCCAGAUAAUGUGGGGGUAUUGAAAUAAGAUAUGAAGAAAAUGAUUGGGGAUAUACAUAUAUUUAUAUAUAUAAAUAAUGCUUUUAUGAGGGACCCAAUGAUGAUAAAUAUAUAAAUAAUUAAAAUCAUGGAACAAAUAAAAACCUAGAUUAAUAACUAUAAUAAGUGUCGAUAUGUAUAGCGUGAUAAAGUGAUAUAAAAUAAGUUACAUGUUUAUAGGCAGAGGGAAAAAAAAUUAGAAAAAUGC